CUAAGUAAGUGAGGUAAAAAAAGUCGUCCAUAUCCGUCAUCACGUCAUUAUUUUUGUCAAUUUUCAAAAUUUUCGUAAAAUUAAAAUUACCAAAGAUGGACGAAAUUAUAAUAAAUACGGUGAAAUUCUUGUCCAGCACGGUAGUAGUAAGGUUACUAUCAUAUCCUCCUUUUGCUAUUGAAAUAUUUUUGGCCGCUGUAGUCUGUGUGGUGCACAUCCUUCUCCUUUUUGAAAUUAACACUUUGGUGAGAAGGACAAACUCGAAGGCUGCGGCUAGACUAAGAAUGAGACACCCUAUCAAAGAAAGUGAAACCUCUUUUCACAGCUUGGUAACACUGCAAACGGCCCAUCAUAUUUUCCAAAAGAAACCAACUGAGAUGCCGUUUUACCAAAGACCACAAGUAUUCGUUCCCGUAAAUUCAAGGAUCCCCCCGAGGAAAAUGAUGAGUAGCGGCAAUUUUGGUUUGAUACUGGCUAAAGGCGACUCGUCUAUAUUAAAAAGUAAAGUUUCUGAAAGGGUUGAGCAGCUGCUUUCCAUAAGCCCCAGUGAGUACGUGAGGCGUGACAAAGAACGUCUGAACAGGGAGCAAGGUUUGAAAUCAUGCAUACAGUCCCUAACGUCACUCCUCGAAAAAGCCCUUGAAAAUGAGGCUUUGGAGAUUAGGAACAUGUCGAAGGAAGAUAUUAAAAAGAGCAUCAGGUCACUCAAGGAAAACUUUGAAAACCAAUUAAAUAGUAAUAACCAAACUGCUUUAAACCAACUAUGUGACUUUCCCUCGCCAAGCCUUCAAAGCUUAAUUGAAAAAUCAUCUGCCAAAAGACUAAUGGAAAAUACCCUGUCUCCAAAUUUGAUUUCCUCCAUUUAUCACACUUCAAAUACCAAUUUUACGAGAAGCAUGACGGAUAUUAGGGCUAAGAAAGGUAAAGAUGAAAAGGUGGGAUUUGAAAGGAACAAGUCUUCAGUCUGCAGCCUUAGCUUAAAAUCCAGUGGGUCACUAAGUGAUCUCUUUGAUAAACAGUCCAACGAUUUUUUGAAAUUUGACAGGAGAAAUGUCGGGAAAGUAUGUGAAGGCGAUUAAUGUUUUAAUGUUUAAUUUUUUAUUAAUGUGUGGUUAAAUUAUGUAAAGUUUGUAAUAUUUUAUAAAAAUGACUCAA